AUGGACGCACCCGAUGAUAGAGAUAUCAAGUUCCAACGCGCAUCUGGAGAUUUAUUGGAGGAGUUCGAAGACAAACUGACCCCGCUCUUAUGGAAGCAAAAUACAGCACAGUCCCAGAAGACUGUGCAUAGAUGGUCGCAGGUCCCGAAAGAAAGUCGGUUGACUGAGGUGCUGGAAAGAUUUCAAGAAUGGCCUCAGUUGCUUGACUCCAAGCUGCAGCCGUUUCUGUCCCAGCUUGUUGAUGCAUUCUUGGUCUACUUGACUAAAUAUCGCCAGUUUUAUGCGUCAACUAAAGGAAGAGCCCCUUCUCAAACGCAAAUUGUUCCUUUGCCAAGAUCAAUAUGCAGACUGUUGUACACCUUUUGCAAAGUGCGCGGCGUCAAGGUUAUCAGCCGAUUCCUCAACAACGAGCCCAAGUAUCUAGACUUGAUGCUGCGUGUCUUCAUUGAGUGGGACUCUAUAAAGUCUGAUGAAGAGCCUAGACCAGCGGCAACCGGCAUCACAGUACAGCCACUCAAAUGGGAGGAACGCUAUGUCAUGCUACUAUGGCUCUCUCAUUUACUGCUCGCUCCUUUUGACCUAGCAUCGAUAUCAUCUGAUGAUAUCCCGAUACCGUACGAUGAUACCAAGAUCUUGGAGUCGAUUCCAGCGAAUUCGCCCCGACUUGCCAAGGCAAUCAUCUCCAUUGCUGUUCGCUAUGUAGACACAGCCGGAAAAGAGCGAGAGGCAGCAACGCUACUCUUAGCUAGACUGGUUCUGCGGCCGGAUAUGCAACGACUUGGGCUGUUACAUGUCCUCACUGACUGGGCUUUCUCUGUCAUUCAACCMCCCGCCGAGAGCGAAACACUUCCUCCGGUAUAUACAUGCAUAGGUGUCUUGUCAUUUCUUGCGAGACUGGGGGUAUCCGGACAGGUAGAGGACCUGGCUCCGUUGGUCACCCAACUGUUUGACAAGACCCUUCGCAUAGCGCAAGGGGACUCGGCAAUCUGUACAAAUAUCAGGUCUUCUGCUUCAGCACGAAAGAUGCUCGUCAAGAUUCUAAGGACUUCUGCAACACUGGCUUUAACUCUAGCGGAAAAAGGCAAUCCUCACGUACCGGAGGAAAAAGUUUCGUUUAUACUGGAAGAAUCAAUCGACUUCUUUUUAGUGACCCUGGCUGACAAGGAUAUGCCUGUCAGGUUUGCUGCAAGCAAAGCCCUUGCUGUGGUAGCACUAAAGUUGGAUGCGGAUAUGAGUGCGGAUGUUGUAGAUGCAGUAACCGGUUCACUGAAUGAAGACAUCCUGUAUCAAAAGAACGACGGGGGCCUGGUUACAGCAUACGCAGCCCAGAGCAUGGACAUGAAAGCCUUGAAGCGCAAUCUGAGUGCCGUUGAUCCACAACGCUGGCAGGGGUUGAUUCUCACUCUUGCCCACCUUCUCUUCCGAAGAGCUCCCCCUCCUCGUCAAUUACCUGAAAUUCUGCAAGCUCUUGUUUCGGGUCUGGAUUUUGAACAAAGAUCUGCUACUGGUAGUUCCGUCGGAACUGGUGUACGCGAUGCAUCUUGCUUCGGUAUAUGGGCCGUGUCACGCAAGUACACCACCAAGGAACUGCUGUCUUUGAGCACUGGUACCGUCAAAGCACCCACCGAGCAAGAAGAGCGUACUAUUCUACAGAUGUUGGCUGUGGAACUGGUAUGCGCUGCUUGUGUAGAUCCAUCGGGUAACAUUCGUCGCGGUGCUUCUGCUGCCCUGCAAGAAUUGAUUGGUCGCCAUCCUGAUACUAUCCUUGAAGGUAUUCCACUUGUACAAGUCGUUGAUUAUCACGCCGUGGCACGACGUUCAAAAGCCAUGAUUGAAGUUGCGCAGGGUGCUGCGUUGAUUGAUAGUGCAUAUUGGAGUCCUCUGGUUAACUCCCUACUCUUCUGGAGAGGAAUAGGGUCAUCAGAUGCUGAAUCUCGCCGGACUGCAGCGACGGCUCUUGGUGCAUUGUGCAAACAGGAUUCAUUUAAAUCGAUUCAUACUGUCCUGCAGCGCUUGAACUCACGGCUAUUGACUAUUGCGCCGACUGAUGUGGAAACCCGUCACGGGUGUUUCUUGGCUUAUGCUGCCGUUGUUGAUUCUUUUACUUCCGUGUACCAAUCUAACACAGAACAUGAGGAUGCAGCAACCGUAAAGGAAAUGGUCUUGCGACUAUGGGAGAUAUUCAGUUCAUCACAUGGUCCAACAAAGGACGAUCUCACGCAACAGACUGCACGACCAGAACUCACCGCCGAAGCCAUAUCAUGUCUAAUCGCAUCUCUUGCUUGUGCUGUAGGGACACUUUUGCUCGAAGAGAGUGUUCCUGGACCCCUUCUCGAGAAAGCAUUAGAAACUCUGUUAUUGUGCAUAUCCCGCGGCGAGGACCUCGCAAUCAAAGCAUCAUCUGCAGCUGCAUCACAUCUAUUCCGUAUCCUUCCCUCUGGUAAACAGGAAGAAACCGUAUACGGCUGGCUUAGCAAUAUUCAAGCCAGCUGGAAAUCAGCAAGUGGACGUGGUCAAAUCUCUGCGUUGGGUGCGGUGUUCCAUCGAUUGCCGGACGGUAGCAAUAUUCGUUCAUUUAUCAUCAAGGAGUUGAUCCAUUGUACCAGGGAUGAAGAGUUUAUCGAGAAGAGGGUUUCGGCCGUGCAGUGUCUAGCAAGUGGUGUUUUGCCGAAUAUUCAAAUUUCGGACUACUUAGCGGACCACAUCGUCGAAUUCCUGACCGAUUACACGACAGACCGUCGAGGAGAUAUCGGAUCUUUUAUCAGGAUCGAAGCCAUCCAAGCGGUGCAGAUUGUUCUAGAUCAGGCCAAAACCAGUAGUGACACGCCCAACGCAGCAGCCACAUACAUUGAUCGAUUUAUCGGAUGUCUCUGUAGACUGGCAGCCGAAAAGCUAGACAAAGUGCGAUUCCAAGCAUGGACUUGUUUGCAGCAGUACUGGGGGCAUGCCUCCCACCUACCACCUAUGGAGAGAACAUUCGAACACUUUAGCCAAGUUUCCUCCUUCAACUACUUCCAUCAACUCCUCAAACUCCUACACAUCGACACCCUCCGCCGCCCCCUUGUGCAGGGUCUCAUAACGUCCGCCAGCGCCGGAACCGAGGGUCUGAUUCAAUCUUCUCGCUUCGCAUUAAUCGACUUUAUCGAAACACAAGCCAAAGACGAGACAAAGCAUGAAUGGACCAACAGACUCAUCGAAGACUUGGUGACUAUCCUCGAGACGAAUCUGGUCGAUGAUCGAUACACUAUCCCGGCAUUGGAGAUUUCCGCCUUUUUGGUGGAUACGUACAUCUCUAAACCGGAAAUUCAAGCGAAUAAAGCCUGGCAAGUACUUCUCUUUAAUUCCCUUAUCGCUAUAUCUUGA